AUGAUUCCAACUCUCUGGGAAGCCAGGUUCGUUCUUCAAAAUGGUUCACUUCUCAUCCCGCGUGCUUCCGGUCCGCAGUCCGAAAAAAAUCUGUAUUCCGACGCAGGAGAUUAUCAGUGUGAAAUAAUCGUCAACGAUCGAUGGAUCUACUUCAGCCGAAAAGCAAGGCUCAGAUACGCUGUGCUAUCUCGCUUUGAAGAUCAACCGACAAACCGUCGAGUGUUUCUUGGUGAUACCGUUGUGAUACCGUGCCGGAUCAAAGGUUCGCCGCCUCCUCAGUUUCAUUGGUAUAAAGAUGCCCAGCUGAUUGAUGACGGCGUUUCCGGGAUUGCGAUUAAUCCGGUCACUGGUACGUUGGAGAUCGAGCAAGUGCAAAUGAAGGAUCAGGGUGUUUACAAGUGCAAAGCAGAAAAUUCAGACCGCGCACGCUUCAGCAAGGAGGGACACCUAACGGUCGAACCGAAGGAAGAAGCGAACGAACUGAUGGAACCAAAGUUCGAGAAUAAACCACGCGGCAUUGUUGCCAACGUCGGCACUUCGGCAGUGUUGGAGUGCGCGGCGAACGGUUACCCGAUGCCUACCAUCCAGUGGCUGAAGGAAGACUCGCCGUUUCUUUUCGACGAGAAAAGGAUGACGCGUUUUGGUCAAGCAAGUAUAAUUAUCAAUCGCGUCCGCCUGGAAGAUGCCGGCGUGUACACAUGUCAGGCGUCUAACUCUGAAGACACUGUUGAAUGUCGAUCCACGCUGGAAGUUCAAGUUCCUCCUUCCAUCGUCGUUCCACCAAAAAAUGUAACAAGUACCGAAGCGAAUGAUGUUUAUCUUGAAUGCAACUCUUCUGGAAUACCUCAGCCUUCUAUAUCAUGGUACAAAAAUGGCGAACUUUUGAAGCCUUCUGAGUAUUUCGUGGUAAGUGUUUUUCUUUGCAAGGUCUUGGUUUUUGCAACAAGGAAUCGUUUUUUGUGAAA